AUGAACACUUCGAUGGUGGAGGACUGCACUAUUGACGACACCCUCAGUUCCGCCGAAAGUAGUCAAGAGUUCACUUUCAGUACUGCUUCAACACUUCGAAGGAACUUGGCAGAAACGUUUGAUCAACAAGUUUUUCCACCAAAGAAUCAACAGAAAAAUGUUCGCCCUCACGAUCUGAAUCCAGCUUCUCAGUCAGUAAAGAUUGUUCCAAUUUCUGAUCGAAUCCAACAAUGUGAGGCAGUAAGCAUGGGUCGGGAUAUCAAGCCACCACUAAUUCCAAGUCGAAAGCUACGACCAAACAAUCCCAUACCCCCGGAUAGUUUCUCAGUCUACCUUCGUAUUCGACCACCUGACUCGUACAUGACCGGAAAAGAGCAAGCAGACAGUCGAAAACGAAAGAUGAUUUCUGAACAAGCAAUCAAUACGAUCGAAAUUGUUCCGCCCAAGGAUCCUAAACAGAAUCCCACCACUGUCAGAACUUUCCCGCCCCCAGAAUCAAACACUUCAAAGUUUCACUCUUCGCAAAGAAAUGGGCAGAAUUCUGCAUCGCUAGCCUCUGCUAUUAAGGAAUUCCAAUUCCAUCAAGUGUUGCCACAUGAUACUUCGCAACAGGAUUUCUAUUCUGUCGUUGCAGCACCUUUGGUCCAGAACGUAUUCAAUGUGUCCCAACCGAAUCAUGCACCAUCGCACCUGUCCCGUUCUGGGAGUCAAAAUUCGGCAUUGUUGUUUUCGUACGGAAUCACAAAUGCAGGGAAGACGCACACUAUGCUGGGAAGUACAACGUCUGCUCCGGAUACUUCAAAAUGGGGCAUUAUUCCACGAGCGAUCUCAGACAUAUUAGACCGGAUCAAAUUUGCCGCAAUCGAACAAGGCGAAGCUUCUGAUCUGUUUGUAAGCUGCUUUGAAGUCUACAACGAACAAAUAUUCGAUUUGCUUCCAAAAGGAUCUCCCAUGUCACGUGUUGGUCCCCCUCCUGUUUUGAAGGUUCGAGAAGCUUGUGGUCAGAUCCUUGUUCGUGGUCUUGCGAAACACAAAAUUUCAGCAGUCACUGAAGGUGUUACUUUGACAAGAACGGCAAAUGACCGGCGCCACACAUCCUCAAACAACCUCAACUCUGGAUCAAGUCGAUCGCACUUCAUUUGCCAGCUACAAGUCGUCCCCUCAAUAGGGGGUGGUGUACCGGCUUUGGCCAAGCUCGAAACGUCAGCAUCUGGAUACACGACAGACGAAGAAGCAGCCUCUAUGCAAAAGAGGAAAGAGGCUACCAUCUGGCUUGUUGAUUUGGCGGGCAGUGAGCGAGCAAAACGGACAGGCUUGGGUAGCAGUCGGCAAAAGGAAGCAUCUCAGAUUAACAAAAGUCUUCUAACUUUGAUGCGAUGCUUGACUGCAAUGAGGGAAAAAGGAAGCAAAAGCUCAUCAAACGUAAUUCCUUUUCGUGAGAGCAAGCUUACUCACCUUUUUAUGCGGCAUCUCACUGGUUCGUCUUCGCACCGUACAUCAAUGGUAGUGAAUGUCAAUCCAUCAAUCGCAGACUUUGAUGAAACACAACAUGUCCUAGCGUACGCCUCCAAGGCCAAGACAAUCCAGCUCAAACCAUCAGAGAUGUAUGACAAAUAUGAUUCCUUCGGCGCUGAGUACGAUUUGAACGGAAGAAAGAAGUCCAAGACCACCAAUAUUGGGAAGCAUAUUCUCUCUAAGGUUUUAGGCAAGCUAUCACCAACGAAUAUUGCAUCAAGACUCUCGCCAAGGAAAUAUACGCAACACAGCAAAAAUGUUCUACAAAACCACUUUUUGACAGUUCAGUCUGAUGAAAACUUGCAGGAAAUCCUUGUAAAGAAGGGUGAAAAGAUUACAUCGUUGAAAGGAGCUCUGGAUUCUGCUAAUGCCGAGAUCGAGAAGCUGCGAGUAGAAAACGCAGGCUUGAUUGAGGAUUUACAGGAACAAGAGCGGCAUAUACGAAUAGAGGUAUCCGAGGAAAUUGAAGAAAGAUUCAAAGCGACAAGGGCACGAAGCAUACAGGAACUGGAGCGACUACAAUCAAAGCUCGCGUCGGAUCCGUCUCUAUGUAGAAGUACACGGAAAGCACAGAUGGACAAAACUGAUGUACGAAUUCAUGAGCUCAUGGAUCAAGUGGGUGAGUGUGAAGAAGAAAUGACCCGACUGAGAAAAGAGCAUGCAUCAGAGAAGAUGCACUUGCAGUCUCGGAUUCGCGUGCUGGAAGUCAUGAAAAAAACGGUUCGCUUUGACGACCAGACGAUGGAUCGAAUUUCAACGCUCGAGAAAGAACUGGAAAGUAGUAAGAAGCAAAAUGAAAAUUUGUACAAGAGCAAGGAAGAAUUGAUCAAAACCUAUGAAAAGCUACUUCAUGAAGAGGAUGAAGAAAGAAGUAUAGACAGCACAGACAGCAAGGGUGACGAAGAGGAUUCUUCUAGUCUUGAAAAUACAGCUCCUACAUUCGGUUUGAGACAUACCCCAAGGCGUCCGUUUCAAGCGAUAAAUCGCGCCAACACUCAAGAAAGAAACAUGCAGCAUUUGAAAACAGAAAAGGGCACAUCAUCAGGGCCGAAUAGGCGGAAUACCAGUCAGAUGACGUGGUAA